UUCGUAGAUAUGUCUGGCAGAGGCAAAGGCGGGAAGGGGCUCGGCAAGGGUGGCGCUAAGCGGCACCGCAAAGUGCUGCGUGACAAUAUUCAGGGCAUCACUAAGCCGGCUAUCCGCCGCCUGGCUCGGCGUGGCGGCGUGAAGCGUAUCUCGGGGCUCAUUUACGAGGAGACGCGCGGUGUGCUGAAGGUUUUCCUGGAGAACGUGAUCCGCGACGCCGUCACCUACACGGAGCACGCCAAGAGGAAGACUGUGACCGCGAUGGAUGUGGUCUAUGCUCUCAAGCGCCAGGGACGCACCCUCUACGGCUUCGGCGGUUAAGUUCCGGUUGCAAACCAUACACAGUCAAAACAAGGCUCUU